UCUCUACACCUAACAUUAUCUACUCUUCUUCCCCGAGACUAACUCGAGAUCUUUGGCUUUCCUCCCUCUCUCUUAGCUAUGGCUGCUUUCACUUGUACCUCUCUCGUCCGCCAGUUUCUCUCAAGUGACAUCUUUACCAUCGCCCUCAUUCUCUGCUCGGCGGAUGUUCGCCUUGUUACUGGAAUCAGGAGGAUUGAGACUCUUGUCUUUCUCACUCUCCGGCUUCGUUGACUUCGAUUCAUCCUAGGUGACUUGUUCAAGCUUUUGCUUGCUUUUAAGAUUUGCUAUUUUGACUAUGAAUAUUCACAGAAUUGCUACAAAAGCCAGGAGAAAGGCUUUGUUUCCAGAACCAAAACUACAACGCAUUCCCUCCUCAACCAUAGCCCGAAAACUCUCUCAUUCUAGUAAUCUGCUUGAUGCAAGAAGAAGAAAAGAAGGGUAUGAAGGUUUUGAGAUCAUCCCUAGUGAGUCAAGUGAGGAGACAGAGGAGAUAGAGGAACGAGAUGAGAAUGCGCUUGAGAUAAGCCAUUCAAGCCAAGAAACAGAGGAGAUUGAGCCUCUUGAGCAGUUCACUCGACCACCUAGGUCGAGUAGCCGGUUUGUGGUUACUGAAGAAGAAGCAAUGCUCGAGGAAGAAGCUGAAACAGAAACCCGAGCACUAGUAGGAGCAGUCAGGGCUAGUAGGCCAAAGAGAGGUGGUUCAAGUCAGUCUUCCAGAGAUCGAGCAGAGAUUUCCCGCGGGAAGCGGCCUGUAAGGGAGCCGAUGCAGUUGGUUGAUGAAGAUAUCGAGUAUGAACGUGAGAUAGCUCCAGCUGCAAGGGUUACUAGACCAUAAAGAAGGGGAAGAAAGCGAAGGAUAAUGAAUCAGUCCUUACCCG